AUGUGCAGACGUGUUUUAAAAUUACGAGAAAAAAAUCUGGUAAUUUUAAUAUUUGCCUUCUUCACGCUGGCUUGCUUCGGAGGGACAUUUUUUCUGCCUGAUUUUUGGGAUUUGGGUGGCAGUGAGAAGUUGAGCGCCCACGUUCCAGUGCGCAUGUUUGUGCCCGACGCCGGUGCCCACGGACAAGGUGUGGACGGCGAUGUACAUAAAAAAGAUGAUUCCGACCGCCUCUGGGAUAAAAUCAGGAAGAACUUUUUAGCGAAACCCCCACUGACUGUUAGGCGGGAUGAGGAACAAUUUCCCGUCACUCCAUCACCUCUUCCAGCUAAUCCUUCUCUUAAUAAGAAAAAGUCUGAUGGUGUUGGUGGUGGUGGAGGUCCGUCAGUUGGAAGAUCUGCUGAUGAUGAGGAGAGCAAGAUGAGGAGAAUGAAGAUUGUGCAAAUGAUGCAACAUGCCUGGAGCAUGUACGAGAAACAUGCCUGGGGCGAGAACGAACUGAAGCCCAUCUCUAAAAGAGGCCACUCUGCCAAUAUUUUUGGCCACUCGAAAAUGGGGGCGACGAUUGUUGACGGGUUGGACACUCUUUAUUUGAUGGGUCUCACAGAGGAGUUCGCCAGGGGCAGGCAGUGGGUAAAGGAGUCGUUCAGAUUUGAAGCUAAUUCAGAUAUAUCAGUGUUUGAAGUAAACAUCAGAUUUGUUGGAGGUCUACUGGCUUGCUAUGCACUCUCCAAAGAUGCUGUUUUCAAGGACAAAGCAGUUGAAAUAGCUGACAAACUACUUCCUGCUUUUGAAACUGAAACUGGAAUUCCGUACGCUAUCCUUAACCUUCAGACUGGAUCUCGCAAAAACUGGUCCUGGGCCAGUGGUGGCUGUUCGAUACUUUCAGAAUUCGGGACACUUCAUCUGGAGUUUGCGUACCUUAGCAACAUAACUGGAAACCCUGUCUAUCUGCAGAAGGUGACGAGGAUUCGUGAGUACAUCUCGAAGAUGGAACGACAAGAUGGCGUCUACCCCAACUACCUCCACCCAUCCACUGGCAGGUGGGGGCAAAGACAUACGUCGUUGGGUGCACUGGGGGAUUCAUUUUAUGAAUACUUAUUGAAAUCAUGGCUGCAGAAUAAAACUGACGCCCUGGCCAAAUCUAUGUAUGAUGAGGCCAUGAAGACAGUCAUGGACAGGCUACUUCAGACAUCUCGAAACGGCCUUGUGUACUUUGCAGAGAUGAAGAAUGGAAGACUGGAACAUAAGAUGGAUCAUCUGGCUUGCUUCACUGGGGGUAUGAUAGGGCUGGGGGCAGAACACUCAGAUGACAAGGAAAAACACAUGAAAGUGGCCAAGGACAUUGGCAAGACGUGCUAUGAAUCAUAUGAUAGGACUGCUACCAAACUUGGUCCAGAAGCCUUCAGAUUUGAGGACAGUUCAGAGGCGACGACGACAAGAAGCCAGGAGAAGUACUACAUCCUGAGGCCUGAGGUCAUCGAGACCUACUUCUACCUGUGGAGACUGACCAAGAACAACAUGUACAGGGAGUGGGGGUGGCAGGCUGCCCAGGCGUUAGAAAAACACUGCCUAAUAAAAGACGGAGGUUACACGGGCAUAAAGGAUGUUUACGACGCUCACUCUGCUAAGGAUGACGUCCAGCAGAGUUUCUUCCUGGCCGAGACCCUGAAAUACCUCUACCUCUUAUUCUCACCCGACUCUACGCUCGAUUUGGACAGGUGGGUCCUCAACACAGAGGCACAUCCACUGCCUGUACUUGUAUGA